CCACUGUCCUUCCGGGUCCGGAAGGUGAUCCCAGCCCGGGGCUUUGUGCAGGAGCGGCGUGAGUGGGGUGCUAAAGCCGGGGUCGUCCACGUGCCGUGUCUUGUUCGGCCUGCAGCAUAGUGGCAGUUCACGAAUCAUGGAAAUUCGUGACUACUGCGCGUUCCGAAGCCUUUGCGAGAUGUGUUCAGUCGCGGCGUGACCCCCGCGUUAGGCAUUCACAGAGCGGAUUCGCGGUCCUCCCAGAAGCGGCUGGCUCGCUUCCUGCGCGGCGAGCCCCGGCGGGCGCUGGCCCCGCGCCCUGGCCGCGCCUUGUGCCCAGGCGUUUCUGCACUCAGGUUUGAGAUUCCUUGUUAAGAAUAUCCCAGCGGCGAAGCAACAGCAACUGGGAGUCAGCCGGAGCUCUAGCCGUGACUGCCAUUAGCUAGCGGUGCGUCACUGGAGAAGUGAAGAGGAAAAUGAGGCCCAUAGGAAAUAAGUGACUUACUGGAACAAGAUAACCCUUCUGGUGCAUGUCAGCAGGUGUCCAUCCAAGGUUCUUUUCCUGCCUAAUCAGGAGAAACAUGAACCAGAAGCUGUUGAAGCUGGAGAACUUGCUACAAUUGCACUGUAUUUGUAGGCAGCUGCAUAUCCUGGGUCAAAACAGACCAUUAUCUCAGUGGAGACAUGGGUUUUCCUCUGCUUACCUGGUGGGCACAGCACAGCCGUACGCCUGGCCCAGGCGGAGAGACCUGCUCAUCAGGACUGCUUUAUCGCAGUAUAGGCUACUAGUAACAAAGAAGGAAAAAAGACCAUGGAAAUCUCAGUUAUCUUCAACAAAAUCCAAAAAAGAAGUAGAAGUAUGGAUUGGAAUGACUGUUGAGGAACUGGCGAGAGCAAUGGAAAAAGAUAUAGAUUAUGUUUAUGAAGCUUUAUUGAACACUGCAAUUGAUGUAGAUUCCCUAGAAGCAGAUUCACAUUUAGAAGAAGUCUGGAUCAAAGAAGUGAUUAAGAAGGCAGGGAUGAAGUUGAAAUGGAGCAAAUUAAAACAGGACAAAGUGAGAGAAAAUAAGGAUGCCGUAAGAAGGCCUCAGGCAGAUGCAGCUUUAUUAACCCCAAGGUCCCCAGUUGUUACUAUAAUGGGCCAUGUUGAUCAUGGGAAAACGACGUUACUUGACAAACUUCGAAAAACUCAAGUGGCAGCAAUGGAAGCUGGAGGCAUCACUCAGCACAUUGGUGCCUUUCUUGUCACCAUGCCUUCUGGGGAAAAGAUUACCUUUCUUGAUACUCCAGGACAUGCUGCCUUUUCAGCAAUGAGAGCCAGAGGUGCUCAGGUCACUGACAUCAUUGUAUUGGUUGUAGCUGCAGAUGAUGGGGUGAUGAAACAAACUGUAGAAUCUAUUCAGCAUGCCAGAGAUGCUCAAGUUCCUAUCGUCCUUGCCGUAAACAAAUGUGACAAAGCUGAGGCUGAUCCUGAGAAGGUGAAAAAAGAGCUGCUGGCUUACGACGUGGUGUGUGAAGAUUAUGGAGGUGAUGUUCAGGCAGUGCAUGUCUCUGCACUGACGGGUGAUAAUCUGAUGGCUCUGGCCGAAGCAACAAUUGCGCUUGCAGAAAUGUUAGAAUUGAAAGCAGAUCCCACUGGUCCAGUGGAAGGAACAGUAAUAGAGUCUUUCACAGACAAAGGAAGAGGUCCUGUUACUACAGCUAUAAUUCAAAGAGGAACUUUGAGAAAAGGCUCGAUUCUGGUUGCUGGAAGAAGUUGGGCAAAAGUACGUUUAAUGUUUGAUGAAAAUGGAAAAACAAUCAAUGAGGCCUAUCCCAGCAUGCCAGUGGGAAUUAUAGGCUGGAAGGACCUUCCUUCUGCAGGAGAUGAAAUUCUUGAAGUAGAAUCUGAGUCAAGGGCACGUGAAGUUGUUGACUGGAGAAAGUAUGCACAAGAGCAGGAGAAAAAUAAAGAUGAUCUGAAAAUAAUAGAAGAAAAGCGAAAGGAACACCAAGAAGCUUAUCAGAAAGCCCGUGAGAAGUAUGGCACUUUGCACUGGAAGAAGAGAUCUUAUAUAAAGUACCUAGAAAGAAAAGAACAAAAAUCCUUAAAGCCAAAAGAGAAAGCAGAAAAAGAUUCAAAUGUACUUCCUGUAGUUAUUAAAGGUGAUGUUGACGGUUCCGUUGAGGCAAUUUUGAACAUUUUGGCUUCCUACGAUGCUUCACACGAAUGUGAACUAGAAUUAGUACAUUUUGGAGUGGGUGAUAUUAGUGAGAAUGAUGUUAACCUUGCUGAAACAUUUGAUGGUAUUAUAUAUGGUUUUAAUGUGAAUGCAAGCAAUAUUAUCCAGCAAUCAGCUGCAAAAAAAGGAGUCAAAGUUAAACUUCACAAAAUCAUUUACCGUUUAGUUGAAGACUUACAAGAGGAACUGAGCAGUAGAUUGCCCUGUGCAGUGGAAGAGCACCCAAUAGGUGAAGCUUCAAUCCUUGCUACCUUCUCUGUAACAGAAGGGAAGAAAAAAGUGCCUGUGGCUGGCUGCCGAGUCCAAAAGGGACAUUUAGAAAAACAAAAAAAAUUUAAAUUAAUCCGUAAUGGACAUAUUAUUUGGAGGGGCUCACUAACUUCACUGAAACACCAUAAAGAUGACGUUUCGAUGAUCAAAACUGGAAUGGAUUGUGGCCUCAGUUUAGAUGAAGAAAAGGUAGAAUUUAAAGUGGGUGACGAAAUUGUUUGUUAUGAAGAAAGGGAAGUUUUAGCUAAGACUUCUUGGGAUCCAGGAUUUUAAAUUAUAUUAAAAAUGGGUUGGGCAUUUGGAACGGAGUGCCUGGUUCUGAGUCUGGGCUUCUCACUUGAAGUUCUUGCUAAGAUGCACCCUGGGAGGCAGAGGAUGGCUCAGGUACUUUGGUCUCUGCCACUCCCAAGGCAGGCCCAGAUUGAGCUCCAAGCUCCUGGCUUUGGUCCUGGCCCAAAGCAUUUGUGGGUAUUUGGGUGAGCCUGUGAAUGGAGGAUAUGUCUGCCUUUUGAUUAAAAUGAAAAUUUU